AUGGCCCAAGCCCCUUCUGAAAAAGUGCUACUGGGUGCCCAGAUGUCGAAGGAAUUCCUCGGCGAGGAGCUUUUAUCCAAUCUACGGAAGGAUACCAGGAGCGAUAUCUUCACCCAAGCGAGUCAAGAGUAUAUCGCUGAAGUUUGCUUCUCGAGCUACGCGCGUCCCGGCUUGAAGUUCCGUGAACGGUCAUUGAUGAAUAUUGCCAUGCUCACGGCUUUGAAUAGAGGGCCUGAAUUGCGCAUUCAUAUCACCGCGGGACUUCACAAUGGUCUGACCGAGGAGGAGAUUUGUGAAGCCUGCAGACAUGCUAUGAUCUAUUGUGGUGUCCCUGCUGGAAGAGAUGCACUUGCAAUUGCGAGUGAAGUUGUCAAUUCUCAAAAGAAUCAAAGUAAUGUGUAA